AGCAACCAUGCCGGGCCGGUCUCGUACGCCGGUGUGACAGACUCAUUGUGAAUAUUUGCCUGAACCGCAUAGAGAGAGAGAGAGAGAGAGAGAGCCAAGCCACGAGAUUAUUUUCGCGAUCCGCCGGCACGGCUUCGUGUAUCGCUUUUCACUGUUGCGUCAGCUGACCUCUUGGAUCACGAGUAUUCUUAUCGGCGAGGGACCAAGAUGCUGAUCUAGAAGUGAAGAGCUUUCAGUGAUGGGAUUGCUUUAACAGUGAAAGAUCGUAGUGAUCUAUGGUGUUUUUGGGAACGUUCAAGAGACUACUGAACUCUGUUUUUUCACCCUUUUCAUUAUCGUCAACGGUAGUAACAGUGAUCGGUUAUUGUCUUAUGACGUCAUAGUGACAGCUGUGAUUCCGUUCGCUCAACUGACUAUUGAUCGACCGAAGAGCUGGAUCCGUGUAUCUCAAUAUUUAUACUCAACGAGUUUUAUUCGGGUGGCAGCCUGUGUACCGUGAAAUAUAUAUAUAUAUAUAUAUAUACGAGACUAGAGCGGGACUUGGUGACACUGGUGCGUGAGUCACUGUUCGGAACAAUUUUUGACAGGUUAGGAUCGCGAGGUCUUCGUCGUACGAAAUUGUGGUUAGGAUUUUCUAUUAGCGACGGGACCUCUCGGAUUGAGACGCCUGGAAAUGAUUUGGUGAUUAGGGGUGCACGAGUUACAGCCCUGCCCAGAUAAUCCGACGGAUGAUAGGGUUGGCCAUGUUUUUGUCCCGUGGCACAAGACACGAUCGUGGACGGAUUUUCGUGACUGUUUAACCUUCGUAAAAUGGGGGCAGGACGAUCUUGGGAAACCUUUGGGAACCCGCUGGGAAGGAUCUGUGUUCAGAGGAAUUUUAUGGCUAUCAAACUGUCGCGGUAAGGUCCUGGACAGGUAGGCGCAGUUUCAAUUUCAAAUUGACACUCCCAUAUCGCUUGCAAAGCAUCCUUGGUAAUUGGAUUAGUUCAGACACGAACCUUUUAACGUAACAGCUGCUGGACGAGGUUGGCUAAAUUAAAUUAUAAUUUUGAGAUUAUCAAUUCUUCACUUUAAUGACAUUUUCUAUCUGAAUAAUGCAUUCCUAGACGUCAGGGAACGAGCGUGAAACAGUGAGGAGCAAUCAGUGCGCGUAAUUAAUGGAUGCCUGAUCGAAUAAUCGGGACGUCCAGUAUUUAUUAAGGAACUCGUUAAUAAUAGAGAGAGAGAGAGAGAGAGAGAGAAAGACGUAAGAAUGUCAGAACACGGCGACAGUGACAUCGACGCCACGGAGGAGAUAAAUGUUGAUGAUUCGGACUCGCGCAGUUGCAGUCCGCAGAAUUACGUAAAUUCAAAUGAUCAUCAGGAGGAACCCUCGGAAUGUUCGAAUUCGCCGCCGCCCAGUCACACGAACACAAGAAGUCUGCAGAACGAGGCGCCAAGGAGUCAUCCCUUCAGCAUAAGUCGUCUGCUGGGCGAGAACAGAGUUCAGAAUCCAAAGAGUCCGUCGUCGGAUGACCUGGACAGCGACAAGGAGCGCAAGACCACGUGGAACUGGGACGACACUAACAGGAACACCACGCUGGAGGAUGAGAGAAGAUCCUGGGGACCGGAAGCCGAAGAGAAGAUGUCGGAAAAGGAUGACGACGACACGGGAAGUACUCCAGAGCUACAGAGCAGCGCUUCCGUUCACGCAGCUGAUCUUCUUGCACCCUUCAGACUCUUUCCUGGUGGUUCUGGGCUCAUAUACACAGGAGGUGGUGUGAUAAGGGUACCGGCUCACAGACCACCUGGUACCAACGGCGGACCAGCUAGUACCUUACCCAGUCAAGCUCUUAUACCGCCAUGGAGCUUGCAAGCUCUUCAGCACAGCCAACAACAGGCAGCUGCUGCCGGGCUUCAUAGAGCUAGCUUUCUAGCCAAUCUUGCGGCUCAUCCACUUCACGCUCAUCCACAUCUCAAAGAUCGCUUGGCAGUGGCAGGUGCUUUUCCGAGAAGAAUCGGACACCCGUACCAGAACAGAACGCCUCCGAAGAGGAAGAAACCAAGAACGAGCUUCACCAGAUUGCAGAUCGCCGAACUGGAGAAACGAUUUCACAAGCAGAAGUACUUAGCCUCGGCCGAGAGGGCGGCACUGGCGAAAUCUUUAAAGAUGACAGAUGCUCAGGUGAAAACGUGGUUCCAGAACAGACGGACGAAAUGGAGGAGACAGACAGCCGAAGAAAGAGAAGCCGAAAGACAAGCCGCGAAUCGUUUGAUGCUGUCGUUGCAAGCUGAAGCGUUAGGAAAGGUCGGAUAUCCCACGACAGUAACGACCCAUGGGUCAGGGGCCGGAGGACCCAAUUUAGAAAGUCAACAGGCCCCACCACCUAUGGGACAUCCCGUCGCACAAUGGGCCUCACCUUAUGGACCGCCGCAGCCUCUUGCUGAACCGAUUUGCUGAAUAUAGUAAAAGAUAAUAUAAAGAGAAACAUUAAGCUACGAGCUAUACGUGACCGUCGAGGGUUGCAUUAUAAGUUUAAAGAGGCGAAUUUGAAAUUCGUUUAAAAUCGACUGUGAAAGUAAUUCGAGUCACAUAUGUACAUAUUUUGAGAUGCGAUAAACUUAUUGGUUUUGGAUAUCAAUCUCCGGGACUGCUGGCUAUGAUUCCUUUUAUUUUAUUUUCUUGGGAGACGAACGAAUCGAGAGAAAUAAAUUUUGAAAAUGAAAAGUGACAGAAACUGCGUGACAUAUCUUUGUAUAUAGGGAUAGGAUCGGUAAUAGAACUUGUACGAUACGGACACUUGUACUUGUUUCGCUUUUACGAGUGUGCGAAAGUCAUCGUGACGCGUGCAGGCAUAUCUUGUAUAUAUUUAUUGAAUAAUACGCGCAGUUUACUACAAUAGUAUUAUCAUGGAUAUCGUUAUCGAGCGUCAUGGCGAUUAUAUUUUAGAUUAAGAUUAAUCGUACGUAUUUGAAUAUAGCAAGCUAUGUGAUGUUAUGUACCUAUGUGUAAUGUUGUAUAUAAAGGAAACUGAAAUGCAUAAUAACGGAUUCAUUCCGAUACCGCAUGCAGUCACUAA